CCCAUCAAACCUUAAGUUUUCACAAAUCUUAAUUCAUACGACCAAACAAACAUGGCAUCAACUUCGUUCCUACAAACUUUCCACCCUUUAGGUAAUAUAAAAUCGAACUCGAGGCUGAGUUCGAGUAGAAGGGCGGGCGUGAUAAGGGUCCGUGCGAUGAAGGGAGAAGGCGGCAAGGCUGGGAGAGUGGUGGACGAGAACAUGAUCGUGUUGCGAAAGAGGAUCCACGAGAUGAAGGUGAUGGAGGCUGAUUGCGAGCUGCCGAGAGAAUGGAUGGAGUGGGAGAGGCGGGUGGUCUAUAUGGGCUACGAUGCGAUCAUCUGCGACGCGGUGGGCCAUCUGCAGUCUUAUUUGAUGGACACGAGGCCCAGCUUUGCGCUUCCCAUGCUUGUACUUCUCGCAUUCAGCGUGCCCACCUCCACGGCUCUGGUCUUGUACAAUUUGAUGGCUGUUGUCUCUGGGAUUCAUUUGGGCUAACUCAGUUACAUUAAAUUUCAUCACUCAGCUUUGAGUAAAGAUCCGUAAUAAUAUGGGAAGAGAUUUCUAAUUCUUAAAAAAUAUUAUUACUACUAUAGAUUUCCCAUGGGGAAUAGGUACUAUAAAUUGUUUGGUGGUGUCAUUCUUAAUUGGAGACUAUUAUUAAACAAAUAAGUUAGCUGAGAUGUGUUGAUUGGAAACGGGAAAACUUAAAAUGCAAGGAAAUAAAGGUUAUCUACUAACUUUGAAAGUCA